AUGCCAAUGACCGUCCUCUAAUGCUAUGGCUUGGUCUGGUCCGACAAUCCUCCAACACCUGGUACUGGUUCUACAAGAGCAUCCAAUGGGACGUUGUCUCGCCACGAUGGUUAAGUUCGUCAGAUCCCGCCUCUCCCGGAUACACCCGAGCAGUGACGGAACGGAACGGAAAGUGGCUAGCUGUGACCAGGCAACAAAAAGCCAAAGUUGUCUGUGAAGAAGUAAGAUCAGAAGAUAUGCCGAGGCCAGAAUCACUGCCGCACUCAACACCACCAGCAACAAUGAUGAUGCCUAUCAUCCCGCAGACACCCAGCGCAUGCGCAAAAGUGGGGCAGGAAACAGACGACAUCGCUGUGACGAACUUUGAACAACUGUCCUCCAGCGUGCGGGUCGCUGAGAUGAACGUGACAUGGAAAACAUCAAGGCUAGCGUGUGCCACGACAUGCUCUAAAAAAAGAACGUUGUGUGAUGUUCAAGAAGCAGCCCGGAGGGAGGGAGCCGUGUUACACGUACAGUCUGUCAAUCAACGGAUCUCCUGCAGACUGUGUGGGCAACCCGCCACCAUGUUACUGGAAGUCCUGCUGGCGACCGGAGCUGUAACGUUUAUGUCAUGCAACGUGACUGUACGUCAUGCGCUAUCUGUCCUGCUGUGACGUACCUGUCGUGUCACGUGACUUUACGUCAUGCAUUGUCUUUUUUGCUGGCGUCCGGAGCUGUGAUGCCCUUGUCAUGUCACGUGACUGUAUGUCAUGCGCUAUCUGUCCUGCUAUGAUGCCCCUGUCAUGCCACGUGACUGUACGUCAUGCGUUGUCUGUUUUGCUGGCGUCCGGAGCUGUGACGCUCUUGUCAUGUCACGGGACGGUACGUCAUGUAGUUACCGAUCCUGCCGGUGACCGGAGUUGUGUCAGCAGUGCCAUGUGAUGUCAUGAUCUACUGAGCAGACAAUAUCGUAAAUGAGGUAGAACGAGUAUGUUUACUACUACAAUAAAUGAAU